AUGGACGAGUUAGGGAUCAUCGAGGAAGGAGUCGACUGGAGGUUCCGCCUUGGCCAGGACAUUCGCAAUAGGGUAACACAUGAUAUAAUGUUCACCCUGCAGAUGAAACUGCAGACAGCUGCUUUUACAACAUUGACUGAUCUUCAGAAAGUUGCUGCCAGAAUAGAGGAGAGGAUCCAUACAAUAGCUAUUGACUAUGGUGAUUAUCUGCGGAGGAUUAGUCUAAUAAAAGGCGAUUUGGAGGAUUCAUAUCCUGUGCUAUUGAACAAUUUUAUGCAUAUCCGUCAGCAAGCUUCAACCCCUUCAUUUUUUUUGCUCCAUCAAAAGAAUAAGCAGGGAAAAAUUAUCCAAGCAGAAGGAAAUAUUCAGGGGGCAUCAUCCAGCAGCAUGCUAUCUAAUCAGGUGCCCCUGAAUGGCCACAAGGAGCCCUCCCACCCCUGUGGGAAAGACAGGAUCAGUGAACUCCCUAACGAUUUGAUCCACCAUAUCAUGUCGUUCUUGUCGAUGCGGGAGGCGGCGCGCACCACUGUUCUGUCCCGCUGGUGGUGCAACAGGUGGACCUUCUUGCAGCACAUGAAGAUUGACAUAGAUUGGUUCCAUAUGGACAGGGUGAAGUUCAGUGCUUAUGUUGACAAGAUAUUGCUAAGACGUGACCGUGCUAAUGCUCCCAUGGAUACAUUCCAGUUAGAUUCUUUUGCGAUAGACCGUGCCAGCUCCUGGAUCCACCAUGCUAUCAAGCACAAUGCUAAAGUGGUUAAGUUUUCAGAGUAUGAAAGAUGGGAGCCAUUCUACCUAGAUCCACAACUUGUGGGGUUUAGUUCUCAGUACCUGACAACUUUGGAGCUUAUCAAUGCCGACAUAGAUGAGAUGGUAUUUGAUCCGUUAAACAAUGCAUGCCCGGCGUUGGAAAAUCUGCUGCUGAAGGACUGCUUAAUGGAUGUGCAAGCAAUUUCUUCAGACUCUCUGAAGAAUUUGGAUAUUAUUGGCUGUUCUCUUCUGAAAAAUAUUAGCAUCAGCACUCCUAGCUUGGUAUCGUUGCGCAUCAAGGAUCAACGAAUGGCCAAUUCUUCAUCUAGAAAUUCUUACCUGACAUUCACAACAAUCACUCUCAUUGAUGCCUCAAAUGUCACUUGUAUGGAGUUGUCAGCUAUUGAUAGACAGUUUACAUUCGUGGAACAAGAUGGGAGCGGCCCGAUGUUCAGGAAUCUCAGGAGGUUGCACCUGGGUGAAUGGUGCAUUGCUGAUCGGUUUUCGCCUCUACGUCGAUACGUCCAGCACUCGCCUAUGCUGAAGUCCGUGUUUCUCAAGCUCAGUCUGACGGAUUGGAGGUUCGAACUCACAACCGAUCAAUUAACGGCGUUGGUUGAGAUUAGCCGCGGAGGCGUCAUCUUUAUUGAUUUCGAGUAGCACUGAAGGCUGCGAGGGCUUCUGCAAGAGCGCAAAUAAGGAAUGAAACUGCUGAGCUGCCCAGUGUUGCAAGCUGCCUGCUGGUGUUGGGAAACAUUGAGACCAAUGAAGUUUCUUGUGUUUUAAUUCAGGUGGAUCAAACUUUGUUGCUGUGUUAGUUACAUGAUACUCGACUAUUCGCGUCUGGAGUUUGGAUGUUGCCUUUGCUGUGGAGUCAUGGCUUAUACUGUGCGUGGUUGAUCAUUAUACUAAUGAGUCGUUUAAACCUUAUCAUGU